UUAAGUUGUUUAGGACAAGAUAUAGUGAUGAUACCAGAAUCUUUAAUCACAGAGUAUAGUAAUGUUACCUCACGAUUAGAUCUUAGUUUUAACAGAUUACAUUGUUUAGAUGGUGUAGAACAUUUUGAACAUUUAGAAGAAUUGAUAUUAGAUAAUAAUGAAUUCAAUGAUGAUUUAAUAUUACCACUUUUAAAACGUCUUCAUACCUUGACCUUAAAUAAAAAUAAGAUAUGUGAUUUAGACAAGUUAUUAGAUAAACUACAUAACAAUGCACCAAAUAUCAAAUAUUUAAGUUUAUUGGGUAAUACAGCAUGUCCUAAUCAGUUAUCUUCUCUUGAUAAAGAUGAUGAUGACUAUAGAAGAUACAGAUGUUAUGUUAUAUACAGAUUACCAAAGUUACAAUUUCUGGAUUCUUCACCAAUUAAACAGUCAGAAAGAUUAGAAGCUUUAAGAGUUGGUCCAUACAUGAAAACUAUUAAAGUGCAUGAAAUAGUUUCAUCUGAUUCUUCCUCUGGUUCUGAUAAUUUUUCACCAUUACCUGCUACAUCCAGAGAUGACCAUAUAGGUACAUAUGGUAAAAGUCGGUAUAUAUAUUAUGGUAGACAUUCAGAAGGAAAUCGGUUUAUAAGAAAUAAUGACUUAUGA